UCCACUCAUUCUGUGUAGUUGUUCAUGUGUCACCAAAUGGCCAUGAAGAAGGAAGCCAUUAAUAAACAAAAAGCAGAGCUAUUACGAAGAGCGCAAAUCGGAAUUGGUGUACCAAUAGUUUGGGUUUUGGGUGGUCCCGGCUGUGGCAAAGGCACACAAUGUGCCAAAAUUGUCGAAAAAUACGGUUUCACACAUUUAAGCAGUGGUGAUUUGCUACGUGAUGAAGUGGCUUCCGGCUCUGCAAAGGGUAAAGAAUUGGCUGAAGUUAUGAAACAGGGGCUAUUGGUGUCCAAUGAUGAUGUUCUAGACCUAUUGGAAAAGGCUAUUAGAAAAAACUUGCCUAAUUCUACAGGUUAUCUUAUUGACGGUUACCCACGUGAAAAAGAUCAGGGUGCGGCUUUUGAAAAGAAGAUAGCACCAGCUGAUUUAAUUAUUUUCUUCGACUGUGCUGAUGAAACAUUGGUUGCACGUGUGAUGGGUCGCGCUGCAUUGUCAACCGAAAAACGAGCUGACGAUAAUGAGGAAACAAUUAAAACUCGUAUUGCCACUUUUAGAAGUAACACCAAUCAAAUAUUAAAUCAAUACACUGACAAGACUGUGGCAUUCAAUGCAGAACGCAAUGUAGAUGAUAUCUUUGAGGACGUAACCCGCGCUUUAGAUUGCUUAAUUGAAAAGAAGCAAGCAGCUGUGGCAAGGACUUAAGUCAUAUGAAAAUAAUUAAAAUUUGUUACCAAAAAUUAAUGUCUUAAAUCAAUAAUUUUCACCAAAUAAUUAAGCUUUAAAAUAUAUUUUGUAUGUAAAAAUAUGCACAAUAUCAAAAAAUGCUAGUCCAAAGAUAAGAACACAUAUAUUAAGUACAAUAAUUUAAAUUUAAUU